CUUCAUUCCAUGUUAUUAUAACCAAAUUGCCGACACUCACACCACCUCAUCAGCAAUCCAGACUUACAAGCAAAACCGUCAUACUCCGUAUAUUACCGACACCCAAAACAACGAUGAAGCUUAUCGUCAUUGGAGGCGGUAUUGGUGGGCCGCUCCUUGCUCUUGCGCUUCAACAACACAACAUCAGCUGCUCCAUUUUCGAAGCACGUGGUCAGGAUGCUCUUGACGGUGGUUUUGUCGCCCUGGCCCCUAACGCUCUCCGAGUCCUUGACCGUGUCGGCGUCUAUGACCGGAUAGCGAAGCAAGGCUGGAACUACGAAGAACUACAGAUGCUAUCAUCUAGGAAUUUAAGCCCAAUUGGAACUGUACUGAAUGGAAGCCAGAAUAAAUAUGGAUAUCAAGCAUUACGAAUCUCCCGAGGCGUCGUACGUCAAACCUUGCUUGAAGUUCUUCGGGAACGAGACAUCGAGUUGCGGUAUAACUCGAAAUGUAUCAAUAUCGAGGAGACUGAUAGAUCCACGGUUAUUACUACUUUCGCGGACGGCCAUACUGAGGAAGCUGAUUUUCUGGUUGGUGCCGAUGGGAUUCAUUCUCGAGUUCGCAGUUUCUUGCAGCCGAACGCAACCCCGAAGUUCAGCGGGCAAAUGGGCAUCGGAGGAUCACUUGAGAGAUCAAGAUUAACCUCGUCGAGCCAGAGCAUGUACAUGCCUUGUCUCAUCUUGGGAAAGCUGAAUUCCUUCAUGUUGAUGCCCUGUACGUACACUGGUGACCGUGUCGGAUGCUUCGCCACGGUCGAAAGUCAUGAUCGAUCACGACAAGAAUGGAGCCAGCUGCAAACCGACCGGCCAGCACUCUACAAGGCCCUGCAGUCUCAUCGUCAAGACGAACACUGGCCCCACUUCGUCCAUGCUGCUUCUGAAAACAUCGACGAGUCAAGUCUAAUGCUGUGGCCCUUCUAUAAAGUCCCCGAGCUUACCUCGUGGAUGAGCAGGACUGGUAGAGUCAUUCUCGUCGGUGAUGCAGCGCAUGCGAUGCCCCCUACAGGAGGUCAGGGAGCGGCUCAGGCUCACGAAGACGCUGUCACUCUGGCCGAUACCCUUGCAUCUCUGAACGACAAGGAUGUUGAUCAUCUGAAUGUCCUGAGAAAGUGGGAGAGCACAAGGCAAGAACGUGUAAAGAAGAUUCUUGCCUUCACUUCUAAAGGUGGCGACAUGAGAAAAUCCUCAGUCAGCACGUUUCGUCAGAUCCUGAAAGAGUGGACUAUGUGGGCGUACUUUCUCUGGCUUGGCCCGGACGCAGGUCUCUCCUGGAUCUACGACUACGACAGCAUAAGAGAUGUGGUCAAGUAAUUGCAUCUUCUAACCCUGCGAGAGCACAUAUGCCAUAAGGCCUCCUGUGCCCUGAUUCAGAAUGUGCAUGACGGAGAUUACUACAACAUGCCAUGUCGUCAAUGUUUCUCAACGCCUUGGGACAGAAAUUGGAAACCAAAAGUAUCCGGACAUCUCACCCUUGCACUGUGAGACAUUUUGUUAUUGUUGCGGCCUUACAAACAACAUUGAAAUCAUCCUCAUGAUCAGGCUACACGCACCUACGGUGUCAGC